AUGGCGUCGUCCGGGGUGGGCAUCGCGGCCGCCGCGGCGCGGCACCGCGCGCAGGUCCUGAAGGCGUACCGAGACCUCGUCGACGUCGCGCGCCGGUCGCGCCCGGUCGCGAACCGCGAGAAGAUCGUGGCGGAGGCGCGAGACGCGAUCCGCGCGAACGCGGACGAGCCCUCCGAGUCGAAGCGACUCGAGCACCUCAAGAAGCUCGUCGCGAGGGUGGGAUACCUCCGGAUGACGACCCGGAAGGGAGGGAGGCACAAGAGAGAGGCCGGGACGUUCGUCGUGCGCGAGGGGAAGCUCGUGGAAGGCGGCGCGGAGAGGGAGAAGCGCGUCGCGGACGGGACCAUCUCGAUGCAGGAGGCGCACGAGCUGCACGACCGGCUGAUGCGGCGGCAGUACUUCGGGCAGACGCCGCCGCCGCAGUGCCCGAUGCUGUGA